ACGGAGCCUCUGAUGGACAGCGAGCGCGGGCUGCUGGGCCUGCUGCCGCUGCCGUCCCCACUGGCGGGGGCACUGGUGGCGCUCGCGGGCGGCACCGCCACGCCUCUGCUGGAUCUGGGGGCCCCGCCAGGGGCCAAGCUCUCGACGCCGCCCGGCACCGUCUGGGUCCUCGCGGAGUCCGCCUACGGCCGCGAGAAGGGGGGACGAACUGCUCUCAACGACACGGCCGUGGCCUCGGGCGACAGAGGGGCGCUGGAGCUGGAGCCAGGUGCCUCGAUCGCCAUCGCUCGUGUCGAGAUCGGCCGUGAGGAGGAGUUCAGAAAGGAGCAAACGACGAAGGAGAUGAGCAUGAUCGACACCGAGACGGAUGCCAGGGUCAUGAGGGUAAAGUACGCCAGAGGCUCGGGCAAACGGCACCGAGACUGGAGGGAGGUCCAAGACGGCAUCGCCGAGGUGCCGCUGGUCGACCUGCCGAUCGAGGGGCCUCGGACGAGCAGCUGGUGCGUGGCGUUCCUCGGACGUGGUGCGCACGGCGGCACCCCCCUAGACCACCACAGGUGGUGGCGUCAUGCUGCCAAGCUGAAAGCCGGUGACUGGGGGGUGGCCGAGCACGAAUCGGUGAUGAAAUCUUUGACCUACGCAGGGUCGUAUGACCAGCUCGACCUCGCCAACCUGGCCUGCAUCGAGCACUUGUGCAGGCGGGCCCGGCUCAUCGAGUACUAUCACCGCGAGAAGAUCAGGGGCGCGGACCGCAACGCCCUGGGCAAGAACGCGCUGCCCUUCGACGAGCAGGAGAUGUUCAUGGGCGAGGGCCGCGGGGGGCGGCGACUGGGCGCGACGCUGGGCGCACGGGGCUUGACCACCCCCGCGCAGCUGCGCCGGUCAUCGGCCCUGGCGGAAGGCAGAGACAGAGGGGAGUUUUCCCUCUCGCCCCCGCCUCGGCGCUGGAUGCUCGGCUACCGAGCGCUGGAGCUGGACGCCGACAUCGUCAAGUUUGCCGCGCGCUGGGAGAGCUCGCUGGCGCUCGUGGCCAACAGGGUGGUUGACAUGAGUGAGCCGCCGAAGGGCCUCUCUUCUUCCGCCGCCUUCAACGAGGUGGUGAAGUCCGCCGACUACCACGCGACCCCGCCUCUACUCUACGCCAACCUCGUGGAGGCUUUGUUCAAGCGCGGGCUCAUCGACUUUGGCACAGACGUGCGCUGCGAGUGUGGAGUUUCUGGAGCAUGGAAGGAGUCGGGGAAGCAGAGGAUGGUGAUCGACGCCCGCCUCUCGAACGCCCACUUCGGACACUCGAAGGAGACGCCUCCCCCGACGGCGGCCGCCUUCUCGGAGAUCGACCUCGAGGGCGAGGCCGAGGCAUGGUUCGCCGCGUUGGACCUGAAGGAUGCCUUCUACUACAUCGAGCUGCCCAUCCAGCUGCUCUGCUACUUCGGCCUGCCGAAGGUGUCCGUGAAGAAGCUGGGCCUUCCGAAGGACGUGCUCGGCUUGGCCGUGGACGGGCGCCUCCAGCCGAGGUUCGCCGCGAUGCCGAUGGGGUGGACGCGCGCGCUCUACUGGGCGCAGCCCGCCCACUGUCGCAUCCUGACGCGGGCCUUUCCCGACUUCGAGGUGGAGGGCUUCCUGGCCGACAACAGGGUGCUGCCGUCGGUGGAGAAGGGGGUCAUCGGCUUGUGCGUCGACAACUUCGUGGCGGUGGGCCACUCUGCCGAGGCCGCCAACCCGUUGGUGGCCCGGGCGGCGGAUGCCUUCCGCAGGGCAGGGCUGCAGCCGCACGAGGAGGUCGCCGCUACCCAGGAGCUGGAGUUGCUCGGCUGGCAGUUGCGUGGAGGCAAGCAGGCCGGCGCCCAGGCCACAGACCGUCGCCGCCGGUGA